GCCCCUCCCGGGAACCCGGCUCUUGGAUGCUCUUUGAAGUGGGAGAGGGAGGCGGCCAGGGGAGGAGGGGACCGGAGAGAGGCGGAGCGCAGCGGCUGCAUCGGCGCCUCCCCCACAGCGCACCUGGCGCCCGCCCGAGGCAGCCCUCGCCCCUUGCUCUGGGAGGACAACCUGCUGAGCCGGGCCAGCUCCCCAGGUCAGCUGGACGAGGAGCUGGGCCUUGCUCGCUAGGAUGGACGGACGGCGGCCCUCGUGCUGGGCUUGGUCCCUGCUGGCUGUGGCGGUUGUGGCUGGGGGUGCGGCGUCCAUGGAAGCCACGGACAACAGCCCCACAUCCAAUAGUCUGGAGGGCGGCGCCGACGCCACUGCCUCCUGGUGGGGGGAGUGGACCAAGUGGACCGCCUGCUCCCGCAGCUGUGGAGGGGGAGUGAUGUCCCAGGAGCGACACUGCCUGCAGCAGAGGCGGAAGUCCGUUGCAGGAGCCGGCAACAGGACCUGCGCGGGCACAUCCAAGCGGUACCAGCUCUGCCAAGUGCAGGAGUGUCCGCCGGAUGGGAGGAGCUUCCGGGAGGAGCAGUGCGUCUCCUUCAACUCGCACGUGUACAACGGGCGGACGUACCAGUGGAAGCCUCUGUACCCCGACGACUACGUGCACAUCUCCAGCAAGCCUUGUGACCUGCACUGCACCACCGUGGACGGCCAGCGGCAGCUCAUGGUGCCCGCCCGCGACGGCACCUCCUGCAAGCUCACCGACCUGCGGGGAGUUUGCGUGUCUGGAAAAUGUGAGCCCAUCGGCUGUGACGGUGUGCUCUUCUCCACCCUGGCGCUGGACAAGUGCGGCGUGUGCCAGGGCAACGGCAGCAGCUGCACCCACGUGACCGGCAACUACCGCAAGGGCAACGCCCACCUGGGCUACUCCCUGGUGACCCACAUCCCGGCCGGCGCCCGAGACAUCCAGAUCGUGGAGAGGAAGAAGUCGGCCGAUGUGCUGGCGCUGGCGGAUGAAGCCGGCUUCUACUUCUUCAACGGCAACUACAAGGUGGACAGCCCCAAGAACUUCAACAUCGCCGGCACCGUGGUCAAGUACCGGCGGCCCAUGGACGUGUACGAGACGGGCAUCGAGUACAUCGUGGCGCAGGGGCCCACCAACCAGGGGCUGAACGUCAUGGUGUGGAACCAGAACGGCAAGAGCCCCUCCAUCACCUUCGAGUACACGCUGCUGCAGCCGCUCGACUACGGCUUCCCGGAGCCCGCCUCCCAGAGCGCCGAGAGCCAGGAGCUGGGCAGGGCCGGCCUGCUGGGCUUCGUGCGGCACAACGGCUCCCUCUACGGCCCGGCCUCCUCGGAGCAGCUGGGCCUGGACAACCAGCUGUUUGGGCCCCCGGGGCCCGAGAUGGAGCUGGGCCUGGGCAGGGGCCAGGAGACCAACGAGGUGUGCGAGCCGGCCGGCGGUGGCGGUGGCAGAGCCUGCGAGGGCCCUCCCAGGGCCAAGGGCUUCCGAGACCACAACGCCACGGGGACGGUGCUCACGGGGGACCAGGGGGGCCAAGACAUGGACGCCCACUUCACGUCCCGGGAGUUCCUCUCGGCCAAUGCCAUCUCCGGACAGCUGCUGGGUGCCGGCUCCGACUCGAAGGAGUUCGGCCUCAACGAGACGGUGAACAGCAUCUUCGCCCCGGGCGGCCCCGGGAGCCCCCUGCCCGACGGCCUGGACCUGGGCUACGAGGAGAACGAGGGCGCCGGCGCCGAGAUGCUCAGCGGGUCCUUCCUGGAGCUCAGCAGUGACAGGGUCACCAACACCUCCUCCGAAGCCCCCUUCCCCAACACCAGCGCCAGCCUCCCCACCUCGGCCGGAAACAGGACUCACAAGGCCAGGACCAGGCCCAAGGCGCGUAAGCAAGGCGUGAGUCCGGCCGACAUGUACCGGUGGAAGCUCUCGUCACAGGAACCCUGCAGCGCCACCUGCACCACAGGGGUCAUGUCCACGUACGCCAUGUGUGUCCGCUACGACGGCGUCGAGGUAGACGACAGCUACUGCGAUGCCCUGACACGGCCGGAGCCCGUGCACGAGUUCUGCGCCGGGAGGGAGUGCCAGCCCAGGUGGGAGACCAGCAGCUGGAGCGAGUGCUCGCGCACCUGCGGCGAGGGCUACCAGUUCCGCAUCGUGCGCUGCUGGAAGAUGCUGUCCCCCGGCUUCGACAGCUCCGUGUACAGCGACCUGUGCGAGGCGGCCGAGGCCGUGCGGCCCGAGGAGCGCAAGGUUUGCCGCAACCCGGCCUGCGGGCCGCAGUGGGAGAUGUCCGAGUGGUCGGAGUGCACGGCCAAGUGCGGGGAGCACAGCGUGGUGACCAGGCACAUCCGCUGCUCUGAGGAUGAGAGGCUGUGCGACCCCAACACCAGGCCGGUGGGCGAGAAGAACUGCACAGGCCCCCCCUGCGACCGCCAGUGGACCGCGUCCGACUGGGGGCCGUGCAGCGGGAGCUGCGGGCAGGGCCGCACCAUCAGGCACGUGUACUGCAAGACCAGCGACGGCCGCGUGGUCCCCGAGUCCCAGUGCCAGGUGGAGACCAAGCCUCUGGCCAUCCACCCCUGCGGGGAUAAGAACUGCCCGGCCCACUGGCUGGCCCAGGACUGGGAGCGGUGCAACACCACCUGUGGGCGGGGUGUGAAGAAGCGGCUGGUCCUGUGCAUGGAGCUGGCCGGUGGGAAGCCGCAGGCGCGCAGCGGGCCCGAGUGCGGGCUGGCCAGGAAGCCGCCGGAGGAGAGCGCCUGCUUCCAGAGGCCCUGCUUCCACUGGUACACCAGCCCCUGGUCGGAGUGCACCAAGACCUGCGGGGCGGGCGUGAGGAUGCGUGACGUGAAGUGCUACCAGGGCACUGACAUCGUGCGCGGCUGUGACCCGCUGGUGAAGCCCGUGGGCAGGCAGGCCUGCGACCUGCAGCCCUGCCCCACGGAGCCCCCAGAUGACAGCUGCCAGGACCAGCCAGGCACCAACUGCGCCCUGGCCAUCAAGGUGAACCUGUGCAGCCACUGGUACUACAGCAAGGCGUGCUGCCGCUCCUGCAGGCUGCCCCGCCCCUAGGCCGCCACCGCAGCCAUGGAGACCCGAGUGCCCGCCCGGGCCCGACCCGGACACCCCCACAGGUGCCUGAGCCGGGGGGCAGGGUGCAGCACCAGGCCACCCCCUCUGCUCUCCCAGGCUGGGGAGCCCUGAGCGCCUGUACAGAGUCGUAAGGAUCCUGUGUUUGGGGCUGAGCCCCCACCCAAGGGGCCCCAGGACCCAGAGCCCAGCGGUGGAGGUGAGACGCGCCCAGGGUCCAGGCCGUCUCAGGGUGCGGCCUCCUCCAGAUGACCGGCAGGUGGCCCUGACCUGGCUCUGUGGGGGAGGCAGUGAUGGCGGCCCCGCGCACCACUGGGUCCCUGCCGGCAUCCAGGUGCCCGUCAGCCGGAGGGCUGUCUCACGGCCCAGCCCGGCACCUGCCGCACUUUAAGCCCGGGGAGCCGUCUUUUGGUGUGCGUGGUCCUCAGCAGUGGGUUUGUCCCGUAACCGCGGUCAGUACUCCUCCGUGUAUGUCAAUAAAA